AUGGCACCUUCAGCAUCAUUCAUCGACGAUAUCGAACCCCCUGUCGUUAUCGGCCCUACCACAAAAAAGGCCACAAGGCCUUCCAGCGAGCUGCCCCAGUCCCUGAUCCAGGCGGCAAGGGCGACGAAGAAGGAGGACUUUGAUCCUUCCAAGCACCUGAACUUCCAGUACCCAAAGACCAUCUAUACUAUGGAGCAGAUUGGACUUCAGGGACUGGGCAUCUCGCCUCACGCUGGCUCCGAGCCCUUCCCGCUCUUCACUCAGGAGGCCAUUGCCCAAAUGAGGGCGGAGAUCUUCUCCGAGCAGGUGCUCGCUGAGUGCCAGUAUUCCUCCUCGUUCAACAAGCACAUGGUCCGUGGCAUGGGUCCAGCCCGCGCUCCCUUCACAUACGACGCCUGGAAGUCCCCAGAAGUCCUAGAAAAGAUCUCAGCAGUUGCAGGCAUUGACCUGGUUCCCUCCGUCGACUUCGAAAUUGCCAACAUCAACAUCUCCAUUCGGGAUGAGAACUCGAAGGUGCAGCAGAGUGUGGACCUUGUGUCUGACCAAGAACUCCCCGCCGUCGCCUGGCACUAUGACAGCUUCCCAUUUGUCUGCGUGACAAUGCUCUCAGACUGCACAGACAUGGUCGGUGGAGAGACUGCCCUAAGAACCCCUAGCGGUGAUAUUAUGAAAGUCCGCGGCCCAGCUAUGGGAACCGCUGUUGUCCUCCAAGGACGAUACAUCGAGCACCAGGCCCUCAAGGCCCUCGGUGGUCGUGAGCGCAUCAGCAUGGUCACCUGCUUCCGACCAAAGUCGCCCCUGAUCAAGGACGAGACUGUCCUCGUUGGCGUGCGCGGAAUCAGCGAGAUCUCUGAGCUCUACACCCAAUACACCGAAUACCGACUGGAGAUCCUGGAGGAGCGGAUUCGCCACAAGCUGAGAAAGGAGCGCGAGCGAGGAAUCGCUAAGCGGCCGUACGACAUUGCUGGCACGAAACGCUGGCUUACACACCAAAAGCAGUUUAUUGAGUCGAUGUUGACGGAGAUUCAGGACCUGGAUUGA